CCGCGCAGCGCUGAGGGGCGGUGCGGCCGCCAUGCCUGCGCGGGGCCGGGCGGCGCCGUGACCUCCAGCGGACAGAAACAAAAUGGCGGCGGCGGGGCUGGCGCUGAAGGUGCGGCAGCUGAGCACGUCGGCGGCCAGGCCGGUGUCCAAGCUGGUUAAGCCCCCCGUGCAGGUGUACGGGCUGGAGGGCCGCUAUGCCACCGCGCUGUACUCGGCCGCCACCAAGCAGAAGAAGCUGGAGCAGGUGGAGAAGGAGCUGCUCCGCGUGUGGACUCUUUUGAAGGACCCCAAACUGUCCAGUGUUGUUAUGAACCCUCAUACCAAGAGCACAGUUAAACAAAAAGCCGUGAAUGACGCUCUAGCAAAAGAGAAGAUGUCCCCUAUUACUGUCAACCUGAUGAACUUGCUGGCUGAGAACGGUCGCUUGCGCUACACUCCAGGCAUUGUGUCUGCCUUUGGGAAGAUCAUGAGCGCGUACCGAGGAGAGGUGCUGUGCACGGUCACCACCGCACAGCCCUUGGAUGAUGCCAGUCUCACUGACCUAAAAAGUGCUCUGAAUGGAUUCUUGGCUAAGGGAGAGGUCCUGAAGCUGGAGACCAAGACGGAUCCAUCAGUGCUUGGUGGAAUGAUCGUCAAUAUUGGGGAGAAGUAUGUAGAUAUGUCGACGAGGACAAAGAUCCAGAAACUCACCAAAAUCAUGAGGGAGACUGUCUAGCAAGCUGUCCUGACCAUUCGCAAUGAAACUUACAAGGUGGAAACAAUAAAGUUAUUCUUGAACUGA